AUGAAGUCUCCCCCUCAUGGUCCCACCCUGGUGAAGUCUCCCCCUCAUAGUCCCAUCCCGAUGAAGUCUCCCCGUCAUAGUCCCAUCCCGGUGAAGUCUCCCCCUCAUAGUCCCAUCCUGGUGAAGUCUCCCCCUCAUAGUCCCAUCCCGGUGAAGUCUCCCCCUCAUAGUCCCAUCCUGGUGAAGUCUCCCCCUCAUAGUCCCAUCCCGAUGAAGUCUCCCCCUCAUAGUCCCAUCCUGCUGAAGUCUCCCCCCCAUAGUCCCAUCCUGGUGAAGUCUCCCCCUCAUAGUCCCAUCCUGGUGAAGUCUCCCCCUCAUAGUCCCAUCCUGGUGAAGUCUCCCCCCCAUAGUCCCAUCCUGCUGAAGUCUCCCCCUCGUAGUCCCAUCCCGGUGAAGUCUCCCCCUCAUAGUCCCAUCCCGAUGAAGUCUCCCCCUCAUAGUCCCACCCCGAUGAAGUCUCCCCCUCAUAGUCCCAUCCCGGUGAAGUCUCCCCCUCAUAGUCCCAUCCCGAUGAAUCCCAUCCUGGUGAAGUCUCCCCCUCAUAGUCCCAUCCUGGUGAAGUCUCCCCCUCAUAGUCCCAUCCUGGUGAAGUCUCCCCCCCAUAGUCCCAUCCUGCUGAAGUCUCCCCCUCAUAGUCCCAUCCCGAUGAAGUCUCCCCCUCAUAGUCCCACCCCGAUGAAGUCUCCCCCUCAUAGUCCCACCCCGGUGAAGUCUCCCCCUCAUAGUCCCAUCCUGGUGAAGUCUCCCCCUCAUAGUCCCAUCCCGGUGAAGUCUCCCCCUCAUAGUCCCAUCCUGGUGAAGUCUCCCCCCCAUAGUCCCAUCCUGCUGAAGUCUCCCCCUCGUAGUCCCAUCCCGAUGAAGUCUCCCCCUCAUAGUCCCAUCCCGAUGAAGUCUCCCCCUCAUAGUCCCACCCCGAUGAAGUCUCCCCCUCAUAGUCCCAUCCCGGUGAAGUCUCCCCCUCAUAGUCCCAUCCCGAUGAAGUCUCCCCCUCAUAGUCCCAUCCCGAUGAAGUCUCCCCCUCACAGCCCCACCCUGCUGAACCUGACUUUUGAUUAA